AUAUGGCAAGACUUGUGUCAAACCAGUGUUCUGAUGCACCCUCUUCUCUUCUUCUUCCAUAGGGCAACCCCUACAUGUGCAAUAAUGAGUGUGAUGCAAGUACCCCGGAGCUGGCACAUCCACCUGAGCUGAUGUUUGAUUUUGAAGGAAGACAUCCCUCUACAUUUUGGCAGUCUGCUACUUGGAAAGAGUAUCCCAAGCCUCUCCAGGUUAACAUCACUCUGUCUUGGAGCAAAACUAUUGAGCUCACAGACAACAUAGUUAUUACCUUUGAAUCGGGGCGUCCAGACCAAAUGAUCCUGGAGAAAUCUCUUGAUUACGGACGAACAUGGCAGCCCUAUCAGUAUUAUGCCACAGACUGCUUAGAUGCUUUCCACAUGGAUCCUAAAUCCGUGAAGGAUUUAUCACAGCAUACGGUCUUAGAAAUCAUUUGCACCGAAGAGUACUCCACAGGGUAUAUGACCAACAGCAAAAUAAUCCACUUUGAAAUCAAAGAUAGGUUCGCGUUUUUUGCCGGACCUUGGCUACGCAAUAUGGCUUCCCUCUACGGACAACUGGAUACAACCAAGAAACUCAGAGAUUUCUUCACUGUCACAGACCUGAGGAUAAGGCUUUUGAGACCUGCCGUUGGGGAAAUAUUUGUAGACGAGCUACACUUGGCACGCUACUUCUACGCCAUCUCAGACAUAAAGGUUCAUGGAAGGUGCAAAUGUAAUCUCCAUGCCACUGUGUGUGUGUAUGACAACAGCAAAUUGACCUGUGAAUGUGAGCACAACACUACAGGUCCAGACUGUGGGAAAUGCAAGAAGAAUUAUCAGGGCCGACCUUGGAGUCCAGGCUCGUAUCUCCCCAUCCCCAAAGGCACUGCAAAUACCUGUAUCCCCAGUAUUUCCAGUAUUGGCACGAAUGUCUGCGACAACGAGCUCCUGCACUGCCAGAACGGAGGGACGUGCCACAACAACGUGCGCUGCCUGUGCCCCGCCGCGUACACGGGCAUCCUGUGCGAGAAGCUGCGGUGUGAGGAAUCGGGCAGCUGCGGCUCCGACUCGGGCCAGGGCGCGCCCUCGCGCGGCUCCCCCGCGCUGCUGCUGCCGCUGGCCGCUCUGCUGGGGACAGCCGGCCCCCUGGCGAUCUAGGCGGCGCAUCCAGCCACCAGAUGGGUCCGGCCGUGGGGAAGCAAACACAGCCCCAGCAUUUGCUACUAACAUAGGAAACCCACCCUCAGACCCCCCCACUCAAACACAGUGUACAAACUAAGAAGGCCCAACUGAACUAAGCCAUAUAUAACAGCCGUGGACAGCACACCGGAGUCAAGACUGGUAAUUUCUGACUCCAGAGGCGUUGGCAGCUGUUGAUAGUAUCCCUGCAAAUCACAUUGCCCGCUGCAGAGCUUAUCGCCGAUUGGAAAGGCUGUGACAGCCCCCCGAAAGGAACGACAGAAAAACAACAGCAAAUCAACCAACCUGAAAACAUUGGCUACUCGUACGUGGUGUGCCCCACGCACCACCCGGCCCCGUGUGUGAACCAGCCAAACUGAAGCAUCCUUUGCUGGCAGUGCAUUGUGGGUCUAAGGAAGUGUGUUACAAGCUGCCAUAUUGGCCUGCUUCGGUCCCUGAACCCCUUCCAACCUGUGCUUUGGUGAACGUUGCUCUGUAACCCUCGUUGGUUGAAAGAUUUCUUUGUCUGGUGUUAGUAAUGCACAUGUGUAACAGCCCCCCUUCAAAAGCUCAAGCCAGUCGUACCCCGUAUAUCUUAGCAGCACUGGGUCCACCCAGUGCUAGCACACAUCCACUGUCCAAGAGUGGCUGUAGGAAAAAAGAGAAAGUGUAUCUAUCCUUUUGUAUUCAAAUGAAGUUAUUUUUCUUGAAAUACUGUAAUAUGUAGAUUUUUUGUAUUCUUGCCAAUUUGUGUUACCAGACAAUCUGUUAAUGUAUCUAAUUCAAAUCAGCAAAGACUGACAUUUUAUUUUGUCCUCUUUCCUUCUGUUUUGUUUCAUUGUGCAGAGAUUUCUCUGUAAGGGCAACGAACUUGCUGGCAUCAAAGAAUAUCAGUUUACAUAUAUAACAAGUGUAAUAAGAUUCCACCAAAGGACAUUCUAAGUGUUUUCUUGUUGCUUUAACACUGGAAGAUUUAAAGAAUAAAAAUUCCCGCAUAAACGAUUUCAGGAAUUUGUAUUGCGAUUUCUUAAGAUGAAAGGAGCAGCCACCAAGCAGAUUCACACUCGCUUUACUGAUUUCUGUGUGGACUGAAUACACUCAGCUGAUGAAUUUAGUAACCAGAAAGGUGGAUUGGUGUUCACUAGCUUGGACAACUUCUGCAGAAUAUGAGACUAUUUCUACUUGGGAAAAAUUAUAACAGAAAAAAAAAAAUCUAAGUGAUUGCCAAGAUUAGGCCAAAGCCUGUUGGCAGAGUACUAAGAGACUUUUAUUUUUAAGUCAUGCUAUUUUCACAGAUUGAUGUGAUCAUGUGACUCUAGGGAUGUUGAUCUAUGUAUCUUUCCAAUUACAGUGUUUACAUGGAGUAUCAUAAGAGGCAACCUGGGGAACCAGGAAAGUCGCAGGGAAAUUGAGUGAUUAGCAAUUUGACUUUGAAUAUAUUCAGACUAAGUAUUUACAGAAAUAUCAAAAUAUACAGCAGCAAGUAGACAUAACUGCUGUUCCUGAGAAUAAAGUUUGUUUUAAGUACUGCCCAAGGUGUAAUCAAUUCUUGUUUCUGCCUUUUAUUAGGCCAAUUACUGUGCAAAACAGCAAGGCAGGGAGAGGAGGGGAGAAGCACUGCAAAGUUUCAAAGUGACUAAAACAGUGUGUAUUCCAUUCCCAGCACACUGUUGUCCUACAGGUUACAAAUGUGUUCGCAGCAGCAUCUUCUGGCAUCAAAAACAAUUAACAGACCAAGCCAGAGUCUGAAGGACAGCGAAGUCUUACAUGACUUGGUAGAGCAAUAGCCUAUGAUGGUGUUAGGUCAGAAGCCCACUUCCAGUCUGAAUUCUUCACCCUCCUGCCACUCUUUGCUGAAAUUGGGGUAGGGGGAGUCUUCUGAUAAAUAUCCUCGGUAAACACUAGACUAAGGAACAGCGUGUCUUAUUGGUUUUGUUCCCAGAAAAACCAAUUCAAAGAAGGCAAUAAAAGGUAAACAGGUAACGCCUGUGCUGCCUGCCAUCCCACGUCUAAGUCGAUUGAAUGUUUGUUAUUCAAACCCACAGUCUCUUUUGAUGUAAGAAAUAAGAAAAGAUAGAAAUAAAUUAGAGCUCUGGCUUAGUGCCGGCGUGGCCAACCAGAAACUGGAGAUUUACAUUAGAAGCAUAAACAGCAAAUUAUAUUUCAGGCUCACCAAAGACUACACGUGAAAAUGCCGAUAACAUACAGUUUGAGAUUACUUAUAAUGAGGUGGAUUUCUAAUAUUAAAAUUGGAGUUGUCUUAUAGUUUAUUAGCACAAACCAAAGGUAGACUGUGUUAUUUCCAGCAAUGAUGCACUUUAUCAUUACCCACUCAUGGUUUUGUCCCUAUGCUCAGGAAUCAGACUGCACAUUUCAAUACAUGGUAUUUGAAAGCUAAUUCUAACAUUUAAUGAAGGCCUGAUCUAAAUGAAUUCAUCUGCCUUUUAUCUUUAUGAAGCUAUAAGAAUCUAAAUUAAUGAGGCAUAUCUUGCAUUCAGUGUAUUUAUAUAUAGUUUUCUGAAUUUCCUAAAGUGAUGUGACCUGCUUUUAAUAAAUUCACUUUUAGGUAUAUAACAAAUGGAAAUGAAAUGUUCUUUUUAAUCUGGAUUCUCAAAUUCUUCUAAAGGGUGUAUUACUUUGGUGAAACCCCAAAUCAGUAGAUUUUAUUCAUCUGCUGUUUUGUAGCAUUCUUGCAAAGCUGGUUCCAUCUACAAUAUUAUGUCUAAGGACAGGAUUGGGGUGAAAAGUGGAUACUAAGUUGUUCACAUAUUUAAGGUUCUAAUUCUUGCUUUGUCUCUACUUGGAUUAGCCCUUAGGAUUGGUUAAUCUAUCAACUUUACCACAAAUACAAUUUCUUCCAUCAACACUUCUGAUGAACAUAAAACUUCAAAGAAAUCUUCGUCCCAAGGUUCAGCUAUAUAGAAAGUGUUGGUAUUUAUAGGAACGUAAUUAGACUGCCCUGUGAUGAUGUGGGAUUGAUUCAUUUCUGAGCCUGGGCACAGGGUAGAGGGGGAACUUUAGUCCCAGAAAGGAGCAGCCCUUGCUUAGUGGGGCCCAUUCUGACCCUCCUCCCAUUUUGUCUCAGUAGCCAGGAACCUAGAAUUCUGUCCUCCACCUACUUUUAGGGUAUAUACGCCUCUUCUGAGGGUCCAAACUCCUGAAGGCAGGCAGCAUAAUGAGUGCACAUCCUUGAGUGCAAGAGGUGGCAAAGGGUGAAUAUGUAUGCAUAGAUGAGUGACUUGGGCCUGGGAGUAUAUGCUGGGGAAUUCACACGCGAGUGAGAAGAGGCUCCUUGAAGUGAAACCCAGAGCUCAGGGAUAGAAAAGAAGGGGCUAAGGGGUGGGAGAGAGAGUAGGGCUGCCUUAGGGCCAGGGUCCAGUACAGAACUCUGAGCAGUCUAAAAGAUUCUAAACCUAUACCUGGGUUUCCGAUUGUUAUGAAGGUAUUUGUGUUAAAACAGCAGAAUGGAACAUAGUGUUAUUUAACACUAUGUUAGCUUGAUGUAUAACUUUUAAAUAUUUAGACAUGUGGCCUAUGGGCUUCCAUUGGUACUUUUGUCCUGGCCCCUGCCUGGUGGGUCUGCCUGGAGAUGAACACUGCAUGAGGUGCCCUUGAGUCAAAUGACUAAAUGGGUCAAAUCACUUACCCAGGUACAGGGUUGGGAGAAGGCAUACCGGUCACAGUUCAACAAUUCCUAUAGUUAAUGCUCCACUUCACUUUUUCUCCAACCUGUGGCCUUACUGAAUAUAAGAACGUUUGGAGGGACUGGGGGCAGCUGUGAGGAAACCCUGAAAUCAGAUCUUUUGUCCCAUCAUCUUCACUCUCCGCCAUCAAUAAUCCAGUAUUUUGGGGAUGUAAGGACCCCAUAUUCUGAGAUGGGAUGCUCUGUGUUAUACGGGAAAUGGGUUGUUGCACUUCACCUGUUGUUAAAUACUAAAUAAAAUACCUAUUUAACAG